AACUUCAGGUGUCUCACAUCUGUUUGUGAUAGUGCACCUGCAACUCAGAGUCACCUUGGAGGAUUUACCUGACAGUGGUAUGUCAGUAGAAACUACAGUGUAAAUGGUAACAGUAGUUGAAAUCUGUGAAUUUCCAACUGGCAUAAGUGCCACUGUUGGUGGACAAAGUCCCCUUGCCAUACAACAGAGUCCAGCAGGCACUAGUUCAACAUCCUGAUUGAUACUGCAAAAAAACUUUCUGGGUGUUGAUUUAGUAAGGGAGUCCUUUCCUGACACUGAUUUCAGAGGGCUUUAAAACUGUUUCAUGGGUCAUAUAUGGGUGGUACUGUACAUUACUUACAUGUGAGCUGGGCUUACUGGUUUUCAGUUCAAGAGGGAACUUAACAUUUCUUUUCUUCUCCCUAUUCAUGUGUAAAUGAGCAAGUGUUAGCAAUUUAUUCACAUCUAGUGGCAUUAUGUAUAUGUGAAGGUACAUAUGUAAGAUUUUCUUCUAAGAUCAGGUGAUUGGUCUUGGAGAAGUGUGGUAGAUGUUUUACUAGGGGUAUUACCAGUUCAAUUUUACUGGUGUUGAGUUCUCCAUGCUUUAACUUGUAUAUGAAUGAGUACUGCAUAUUGGGUGCACACUGAGGCUGCCUAACUGGUGGUUGCUUGGGUGCACUUAGUUUUUCUUGUAACAAUAAUCUGUAUUGAAAGAUUGGAAGGAGAGAGUCUAAUUGUCACUAUACCAUUACUUGUUCUAAGUAACAUGUAGGGCUGUGCUUUUAUUAUAACAGUUGGACAAAGUGUCAAAGAUUUGAGAUGAAAAGGGAAUACAAAGGAAUAACAAGAGCUGCCUUAGCAAACUUUAGUCAGAAUAGGGUGACAAAUUUGAAAAACGAAAGCAAAAACAUUUGCUUUCAAUAAAUUUGCUUCAAUUUUGCAAUAAAAGAUUGCUGGUUAAGCUGAGUUGAUUUUCGUAUGAGUAGCUGUACUGCAUCUUCUUGUAGCUGCAUUGACAGUGAAAAAGCCUCUGAAGAGACCUCCCAUCUGCUGCAGAAGGUUGUGUAGCACACAGCUUUGUUGAGCUGCUCAGAAUCAUAAAACCAGCUGAAGAGACCGACCGCUUAAAAGUAAUGAAACACACACACUUUACUGUUAUGGUAAGAAAAGAGGCAGACCUAGACCUUAGGCUUAGAAGCACUGGGAAGCAUACACUACACAAAAACAUUUCUGGCAUGUGUCUGCCUCACACUUGAGUGGUUAUGGUAUGUUUUUCUUACUCCUGCAGUGGAAAUAAUUGGGGGCCAGAUAUAGGCAAACUGGGCAUCCAGACUUCUCAUUUGAAUAAUGCAGAGUUUAUCUGCCUCUUUGCUUCACUUUGAACUCCAAGAAACUGAACUGGUUUAUAAAUAAAUGAGUUUCACAAAAAUAAAUGUUUCUUCAUCGAUUUUGUAGUUGGGAACACAGAGGGAAUGAAUGAAGUGACAUACUCAAAACAUCCAGCAAGACAGUGUUUGGGUGAGGUUUAUGGGACUCUGAGCUCCGUCUCUCUCCCAUAUAAGGAUGCCACAGACCUCUGGAUUUAGCCUAGACAAUGACGCCUUGGAAAAAACUCAGAAGAUAACUGAGAUAACAUCGAUUGCUUCCAUGUAAAUCUACUGAUAGGCAGAGAGGGAAAUAGAUUAAAACCAGUUCCAACCCUUUAAGAGCAGAAACCACCCUAUCUACCGAAUUUAUUCAAUAGGAGGAGUCAUGAAUUGCAGAAGCUUGUAUACAGCUUUGCUUUCUCCUUCCUACUCUGCAUGUCACUUACUUCAUUAGUGACAUUCAGCUGGGUUAGAAAUCUAGCAUGCUAUGAGGAAACAUGCGAUUUGCCACUUCUCUGUGGAUUUUACCUAUCACUUUUCUCCGUUUCCACAUGCUGAAAUUGUGUUUCUUCAUCUGUUUGAUAUCCUGGGUGAAAUCAGAUGAGAAAAUAUGUCCCGAAUUUACAGAUCUUAAUAUAGGCAAUGCUCUAUCUGGAACAGAACUCCAAGUCCAGUUACUGCUGUACACAAGGGAAAAUCCAAAUUGUUCUGAGAGGCUCAUUGAACAUGAUGUAGCUGCAUCUGAAUACCUUAAUACUUCCAAGAAAUUUGUCUUUGUUAUUCAUGGCUUCAGACCAACGGGAUCUCCACCAGCAUGGCUAGGUGACAUAAAGGAGCUUUUACUGUCUUCAGAGGAUAUUAAUCUCAUUAUAGUUGAUUGGAAUCGUGGUGCCACAACUGUGAACUACGUAACUGCUGUUGAAAACUGCAGAAAAGUUGCAGAAAUACUGAAGAACUAUGUUGACCAGAUGCUGGUGGAUGGAGCUUCUCUUUACUCUAUGUAUAUGAUUGGAGUUAGUCUUGGGGCUCAUAUAGCUGGUUUUGUUGGCCAGAAGUAUAAUGGCAAGCUUGGCAGGAUUACAGGUCUUGAUCCAGCAGGACCUUUGUUCACUCGAGAACCACCAGAAGGGAGACUUGAUCGUACUGAUGCACAGUUUGUUGAUGUAAUCCAUUCAGAUACUGAUGCACUAGGUUUCAAGAAACCUUUAGGAACCAUUGAUUUCUAUCCAAAUGGAGGAAUGGAUCAGCCUGGUUGUCCACAAACAGUAUUCAGCGGGCUUCAGUAUUUUAAGUGUGACCAUCAAAGAUCUGUCUUUCUCUUCUUAUCAUCUUUGAAAAGAAGAUGCGACAUAAUAACAUAUCCUUGUGACUCUUACUUUGAUUACAAGAGAGGAAAAUGUGUGGAUUGUGAAGCUUUCCAGCCAAUGUCCUGUCCAGUACUGGGUUAUUAUGCUGAUAGAUGGAAAAAACUGUUAAUCCCAAACAGUUCACCAACGAAAGCUUUUUUUGAUACCUCGGACCAAGACCCAUUCUGCAUGUAUAACUACUUACUGGAUAUUACUACCUGGAAUAAAAGCAUUAGGAGAGGUUUCAUUAAAGUUAAAUUAACCGACCAUGCUGGAAACACAGUAGAAUCAGAGAUGAAUAGUGAAGCUUCAACAUUUCAGCAAUAUAAAAGAGUCAAAAUACUAACUGGAUUUUACCAAGACCUUGACAAAAUAUCAAAAAUGUCCUUGACCUUUUCUACGAAGACUUUAAUAGGCCCAAAACACAAGCUUAGGGUUCUCCAGAUGAGGCUGAAAUCUCUCAAUAAUCCAGAAAGGCUGCAGCUGUGCAGAUAUGAUUUUGUACUGAUGGAGAACACUGAACUGACCUUCAAACCUAUCCCUUGCCCAGAGAAGGCUACAUGAAGAGAGCUUCUACUAACCUGAUUUCUCUUGCAGCAGUGACAUUUUGAUUCUUCCUCAGGAUAAAGACUGUAGUGAGAAAGGAAAUGAGAUAAGCUAGAUUUAUUUUCAGGAUCCACCUGGUGUAAUAUGCAUUACUUGCUUUGAACACCUUAGGGUAAAAUGAAUUUAAAAAUUCAGGAAUCUAUGUAUUUGGGAAAUUUGAAUAAAGUAAAGAUAUCAUGGUGGAGAAUGUGCAGUGGUCUAUUCAUUAUUAUUUGUUAGCAGUGAAGCUAACAUAUGAAUUAUCCAUAUGAUCCUGGCACAUUAUUUGUCAUUCAUACAUAUAUUUAAUUAUUUAUUAUUUGUAAUGGCUUUUAUAUGGAAACAUAAUUAUCUGUCUACAAAGUGAAUUUAAUAUACUGUACAUGUGAUCUACAGAUCUAAUACACAACAGUUUUGCUGUGCUGUGCUGGUUGGGUAAAUGAAUUCACAUUUUCUCAUUAUAUAAUGUCUGUCUCAGAACUGGAACAAUAAGAUUUGUGAGCACAUAUGUAAUUUUUCUAUUUAAAUUAAUUAUAUGAUCUUUAUGCGUAUCGUAGAUGAAUAUCAUUGCAACCAUUCAGAUUUUUUUGUAUCAAAGCUAUGGACAGGACAGUGAUGUUUCAGAUAUGAAGUAAUUCUAAAAGUCUAUUCUGAAAAGAUUAACUUAAAGAUUAAAUAAAUGCAUUUUCAUUCAAUUUC